UAUCACUUCGGGUAUCGCGGUGUUUGCGCCGACAUUUCGUGCCGUGGCAACCUGCAGAUACAUCGGAGGAGAGAAUAGAAGAAAAGAGCUUCGUUAAUGAGCUAAACCUCAGUGUGUUUGUUGACAGAUUUCUCGGUUGUAGGGCUGUUGUUUAGCAGUCAGUAUGGCAGUAGUCAUCAGGCUGCAGGGUCUGCCCAUAGUGGCCGGCACCAUGGACAUCCGACACUUCUUCUCCGGGCUCACCAUCCCUGACGGGGGAGUGCACAUCGUUGGGGGUGAGCAUGGUGAGGCCUUCAUCGUCUUUGCCACUGAUGAGGAUGCCCGUCUGGGGAUGAUGCGUACAGGUGGGUCCAUUAAGGGCUCCAAAGUGUCGCUUUUGCUUAGCAGCAAGACAGAAAUGCAGAACAUGAUUGAACUCAGUCGCCGCAGGUUUGAGGCUGGAGCAGGCACUGUGGAAACAGCUGUACCUACAGGAGGAAAUGCCAAUCGACAAGUGGCUGCCCCCAUUCCCACAGUGCAGGCAGGUGCGAGAAGCAGUAACCAUGGAAACCAGAGUUUCAGUAACACCUCAGCCUCAGUGACGGCAGCAAGCACAUCUCAGGAGCCACAAAGCAACAAGGCAGUGGCCAGCGUGGUGCCCAGCUUCCCUAACAGCUACACCUCUGCCCCAACAAUCACCACAGCUCUGGCAUCACUUAAUGCGGGCCCCCCACCUAUCCCUCCCCUUCCAAGCAUGCCUUCCAUGCCCCCCAUGCCCACGCUGCCCACCAUUCCAGUUCCUCCGCCAGUGUCCUCCCUUCCCCCUGUCCCUACUGUCUCCCCACUGUCCCAAGGCCCUCCGGUACCUCCUAUGUCCCACCUCCCUCACAUGUCCUCCCUGCCUCCUUUCAACCCUUCCCUACCUCCUCCAGCAGGACUGGGCUCCGGCCUCCCCCUUGGAAACCCCAACCCCAUGCUCUUCAAUCCUCUCUCCCCCCUGGCCUCUCUUGGUCUCCAGGCCCAUAUGAAGGCUGCUGCUGCAGCCAGUGGAGCAGGAGCAGUCAGUCCUGAUGAGUUGUUUGUUCUCCUGCAGAAUCUUCCAUUUUCCUGCUCAGAGGUGGAUGUUAGGAGUUUUUUCCGGGGUCUGGGAGUGGAUGGGGUUCGUCUGCUGAGGGAUGGACAGGGCAGGCCAAAUGGCAGGGCCAUGGUAAAGUUCUUCUCACCCCAGGACAGCUUUGAAGCUGUGAAGCGGGGAGGUGGUAUGAUGGGCCAAAGGUUCAUUGAAAUCACCCCAGGUUCUGAGCGGCAGUGGGCUAGCCUCAAUGACAGUGCCACAGGCCAAGCUCCUCACAAUAACAUCAAAUCAAAUAAUGAGUCACAGGACCAGCAGCAUCGUCGUGGUAAUACUGGGGCUGGAGGCAGGGAUCAGCGAGGAAGAUCACGUUCUCCCCACCGGCAGGAGUUCUGUGUCUACCUGAAGGGCCUUCCAUAUGAGGCAGAUAAGAAACAGAUAAAGGAGUUUUUUAACAAUUUGGACAUGAUCGAAGACAGUAUCUACAUCGCCUAUGGGCCCAAUGGGAGAGCCACAGGAGAAGGCUUCCUUGAGUUCAAAACAGAACAGGACUACAAGACUGCUCUGGGUGCUCAUAUGCAAUACAUGGGCACCCGCUUCAUCCAGGUCCACCCAAUCAGCAAGAAGGGAAUGCUUGAAAAGAUUGACACCAUCCGCAAACGUGAAGCAGCACAAGGUGAUGGAAAGAGCCAGGAUGGCUUGAAAACUCCCAGGAACUGUGCCCACAUCACCAACAUCCCCUACAACGUGUCAAAGAAGGAUGUCCGUGCCUUCCUGGAGGGUGUAGGGCUUUAUGAGGACACCCUGAAGGUCCUGACAGAUAGUCAUGGCAAUGGUUUAGGCCAAGCUAUCUUCCAGCUGAGGACUGAAGAAGAUGCCCGCAAAGCUGAGAGACUGCACCGGCAAAAACUCAAUGGCCGUGAUGCCUUUGUCCAUCUGGUGACAUUUGAACAGAUGAAGGAAAUUGAGAGGAAUCCUCCUCCGCAGAACAAGAGGGGCCAACGCAACCAGAACCAGUUGAACCAAAAUCAGAAUCAACACCAGCAAGCCCAGCCCAGUCCUCAGCCAUCCCAGAUCAACCCAUUUGCUGGCAUUAGUGGUGAAGAGUUCAACUUUCUCAGAAACACCAUGGGAAACCUGAGUAGUGCCCCUUUUGUGACUCCAUUCUCAGCCCCAGGGAAUGGGCUGGCAGGACCUCCUCCUCUCCCUCCUCUGGCAGCAGGACUGGGGGAUGUGAAUUUGGGCGUGGCUCCUCCCCUUGUGGCUGGGCUUCCUGGAGCUCCAAUCCUAGAGCCACCGGGCUUUCGACCCGGAGCUGCUGGAGGAGCCCCUUUCAGCCAGGAUGGACUUAGAGGGUUGGUGCCCUUUGACAAUGCCAACAGAAAAGGAGGUGGAGGAGUACAGAACCGAGGGGGAGGGGCUAACAACAACCAAGGACAUCCAGGGGGCAGGGCUGCAGGUGGACAGCAGGUGUUCACUCCUGGAGCUGAUGGUCUCCGUAAUCCACCAGCCCCUGGAGGAGCUAACAAUCCCAACAGUCGCGGUACUGCUGGUCCCACAAUCGUAAAGCUUCAGAACAUGCCGUUUACUGUAACUGUGGAUGAGAUUAUGGACUUCUUUUAUGGCUACCAGGUGGUGCCAGGCUCAGUCUGCCUGCAGUUCAGUGAAAAAGGCCUGCCAACUGGUGAGGCGAUGGUGGCCUUCCAGAGCCAUGAGGAGGCCACAGCCGCUGUCAUGGACCUCAAUGAUCGACCUAUUGGAGCACGCAAGGUCAAGAUAAGUCUGGGUUAAAGCUCCGCCCAGAAUAGACUGACUGUAGAUUUUGUUAAAAAUCAUACACUUACUUGGAUCAGCCAUCCAGGUGAAACAAAGCCAACUUAAACUCAAACUCAACUGACCUUGCUCUGCCCAGACUGUCAGUCAUUACUGAAAGCCCUCUGUGUGUAGAUCAUGGCAGGUAAGCCCGCCCUCUGCAGUCUGUCCAGUAGGCCGAAACUCAUCCAGAAAGACUGGUAGGACAAAUUGACGAUAAUAUUGAUGUUGGCAGGAUUUUGGUCCUUUUUUUUUAUCCUGUUUCCAAUGCAGCUUUUUGUCAAGUCAUGUCCAAAGAUGACACACUGAACAAAUUCACCUGUUUUGUUGCUAUGGUUAACAUGAUGAGUAUAAUAAGGCUGACAUUGUUGCUGUAUGCGCUUAAAUAUCCUGUGCUGCUGUGGUUUAAAAUGUACACGCUCUGUGGCUGUGGUAUAAUGACGAUGAAAAGCUAUGUUGCAAUGAUCAAAUGUUUAUGCUCUGUUGCUAUGGUGAAAUAUUGACAUGCCCCGUUGCUAUGGUAAAAAUGAUACUGACAUCAAGCUCUGUUGCCAUUGUAAAAGGCUGAAAAUCUGUUGCUAUGAUAAAAUGUAGACACAAUUAUGUGUUGUAACAGUGCUAUGUUGAUAUGAUAGGAUGUGGGAUGGAGAGAUUGCUGAUACGUGUUUUAUUUUCUAAAUAACUUGGGCCGCUGAUUCUUUUUUCUCUGUCACAUUUUUCUGAUGUUGCUGUUUUUGAAUAACCCCCACCCCAGCCCACCCAUUUCUGCAGCACAUGUUCAAUAGGUGUUUCCACUGUAGAGCGCUGAGAUGAGGUCUGUAGUUUUUUUUAGUUUGGUAGCUUUUGUUGUGUGCAUGUUUCAUAAUGUUUUGAAUGUUUUCACCUUAAAGCUCAUUUUUAUUUCAAAUGUCAGUGUGAACAAACUUGUAUAACCAUACGUGAUGUGGAGUCUCCUUUGCUUUGGCUAAUAAAAGGACAUUCCUGAUGCACA